CACCCCCACACAUUACCUUCCACACACAUCACCACAUCACCUUGCACAUAUCCUCCCACUCCACAAACCCCUCCCAACCCUUCCAAAAAAUGAGGCUGGCACCCACCCUCCUCCUCCUCCCCCUGGCCACCGCAGCGCCGACCAGCCCCCUCGAGCGUCGCCAGACCCUCCCGGUGGGCGACCAGAUCCAGAUCCAGAGCGUGACGGUGGCGGGCAACGGCUGCCCGCCGGGCACCUUCACCAGCCAGGUCAGCCUGGACCGGACGGCGGUGACGCUGGGCUUUGACCAGUUCGCAGCGGAGCUGACGCCGGCGUCGGACCGCGACAAGACGUGCGCCGUGGUGGUGCAGGCCCGCUACCCCGUCGGCUGCAUCACGGCCGUGGUCGAGAACACGCAGCACGGCUUCGCGGAGCUGCCCGCCGCCGUCGUCGGCAGCCUGCAGGCCGCCUACGCCGUCACCCCCGGCAGGAUCGUCGGGUCCGCCGCCUCCCAGACCAGCCUCAGCGGCGCCGCCUACGUCUUUGGCCAGCCCUGGCUCAAGACCGACCGCAUCUCCACCGCCGUGUCCGCCACCUCGACCAGUCGGGAUGUGUUCAUGGUGGUCAACUUUAGGGACCUGCUCACCACGAGCGGCGGCGCCACGCUGGCGAGUCUCAGGACCGACGACAUGACCAUUGCGUUUACGGAUCAGCGCCGGUCGUCUGGGCAGUGGUUCCAGACUUGA